CAUGCCUCAACUUUCAGCUUAAAUAUGACCAUAUUAUAACACCCGAGAGGUCAGAUUUUCCCAUUAGUGCCCAAAAUUCAGCCUUAAAAGUGCAGAAUUUUCAAUUUUCAGCCCAUGAAAGAUCAAAUAUAAACACCCAAGGCUUAAGAAAACUGAAACUUAAAUAAAAUACCAACACCCGAAAAGAAUGACCGGGAGAAAGAAUGACCGGGACAAACCCCUGGCGGGGUCCCCGUUCACCACAAGGGUCCAUCUGACGCCUUUCCCGCAAAAGGUCAAGAUCGACGCCCCUAGAUUCACCAGGAAGGAAGAUCCAGAAAUCCAUCUGGACUCCUUCAACCAGAGUGCAACCAUGAACGGUUGCACAGAUGAGGAAAAGUGCCUUCUUUUUUUCCAGACCUUGCGGAACCGAGCCACUGAAUGGUUCAAUAAGCUUCGCCCGGGAAGCAUUGAUUCGUUCAGUGAUUUAGCCUCAAAAUUCAAGGCCAAGUUCCAGGAAAACUGUACUAAGAGGAAAAAAUUCACCUAUCUUAGUACAGCCGGGCAGAGGGAGUCUGAGAACCUAACUCAGUUCCUCACCCGGUGGAAGGAAGAGGUAGACAAGGUGGAAGAGAUGGAUGACAAGACCGUCUUAUCUCUCCUCUUGAAUGGCUUGCGUGCCGGGGAACUAUACAAGGAGUUCUGCCGGAAACCCCCGGCCACGUACCAAGAGGCCUACCACACUGCAUGGGAGUUUGCUGAGGCUGAAACCCAACUCCAGGCAAAGAAAGAAGCUGAGCAUGGUUUCAAGCCCAAGCCGGUGCAAGACAAGAAGGAAGAAACACUGGGAUCCAGCCGGCCAAGGCACCACUAUGACCCGGUCGUCCGUAUGGUCAAUACGGAAGAAUGCCAAGAAAUCCGGAAAGCACCGGUCAUUCCUCCAGAAAACCCUACCAGUCAAACAGGACGGCAGUGGUCGGGCACCUAUUGUUCGUACCACAGGUCAGAUUCCCAUAACACCUCCGAAUGUAAGAGUGUUAAGGGAGUAAUCCGGCAGAUAAUAGACAGUGGAGAACUGGGCAAGGAUUACUUGCAGAAAGCCCAGGACAAGAGUCAUCAAUGGGUCAGACCAGCAGCCGAGGGAAAUGACUGGGACAAUGACCGGCGAAGGAAUAACCGGAGGGAGCCGAUCGUCUUUAGUGACCGGGAUCUCCCUCCUACCGGUGAAGAUCACAAUGAUCCAUUGGUCAUCACCAUGGACAUUAAUGGGGUGGAUGUCGCCCGGGUACUUGUUGACACCGGCAGCAGUGUCAACAUCUUAUACCUGGAGACUUUCCAAAAACUCAGGUUGUGUCGGACACAACUUGAACCCCUGAAGACUCCUCUACCGGUCGAACUAGGAUCGGGUGAAAAAACCGUAUGGAAGAAGAUGCGGUUCAUAGUUGUGGACAUCAAAUGCGUCCACAACGCAAUCCUUGGAAGGCCGGGCAUCAAUAAGGUCGGGGCGGUGAUUUCCAUGCCUCACCUGUGCAUGAAGUUCCACACUCCAGGUGGUGUGGGUGAAGUGAAAGGCGACCAGAGGAAUGCCCGGGAGUGCUAUGCCCGGGUAGUCAAGAAGAUGACCAAGGGGGUCAAUGUCAUCUCCCAAGAGAUCACAAAGGGGGAGACCCGGGAGAAAUUGGAGCCCGAGGCCGAGACGGUGGAAAUCGAACUUCACCCGGGUGAUUCUUCGAGGAUGGUCAGAAUUGGAGCAAAUCUCGCCGAAGAUCUCAAGGCAGAGAUUACACGGGUCCUCCAAGAAUACGCGGGCAUAUUCGCAUGGAGCGUGGCGGAUAUGCCCGGAAUAGAUCGCUCUGUCAUCUGCCACCGGUUGGCCGUGAGGGAAGGAAGUUGACCGGUACGUUAGAAGAAGCGGUACCUGGCCAGUGA